AUGCAUGAACUUGAUAUCUCCGGUCCUACUCACCCCGAAGCAGACAGCGACGGCGAGGAUAGCGACAACAAUGACGCAUACGAAACUGCCGCCGAGCCACAUCCCAAGGGACGAAGCCAUCAUUUCGACGUGAAGCCACAUGCCGCCAGUCUCUUCACCAAAGUGCACUACGGGGCCCAAGAUGGCGAGAUUCAACGCCUCAAGCAUUACCUCCUGACGGCCGAUCACCUCCAGCUCUACUUGCGUGGCUUUGAUAUCUCGGACGAGAUUGCUAGGUUGCUUCUGGCGUACUGUAACAGCGUCGCGCAGCCCCCCCUCUCCCUUUGGUAUCCCAACACGAACGGAAAGGCGGUUAUGCAGGUCGGACAGUUGUGUCCACGGGAGUCUAGGCCCCAGGUGGACGAGGACGCCUGUGUCUUCUUCGAGUCUCUUGAUAACUAUGCUACUAACCCGGGCUACACCUCUGCAUAUGCUGAGAAAUACUUUGAGCAGAGCACUGCUAUAAUAGAGGCUGGCCUGAGCCGCCUCUGUAUAAUGAAGAUUCCCGGCGCCGGCGACCGUUGCUACUUGGGAUCUCUGGAGUUUGCGGAUACUAAGUAUUAA